AUGGAACGCCCAGCAAGUCCCGCGCCGCAGAACAGGAAGCCGCGGAAGCUGAUCCUCUGUUUCGAUGGCACCGGUAACAAGUUCCAUGGCGAUGAGAGCGACAGCAACAUCCUCAAGAUUUUCCGUAUGCUCGACCGCACUGCAGAUGAUCAGUUCCACUACUACCAACCCGGUAUUGGCACUUACAUCGUGUCCACCUCGCUUUCACACACGAGCAUGAAGGCGCGUUUUCGGUCAUGGUAUCAGAAAGCCAAGGACUCAGCAGUCGGUUCCUCCUUCGAUCAGCAUGUCGUGGGCGGCUACCGUUUCCUGAUGCGCUUCUACAAUCCUGGGGAUGAGAUUUACAUGUUCGGCUUCAGUCGCGGCUCGUACAUUGCCCGCUUUCUGGCCGAGAUGCUUGACUACAUCGGCCUCUUGUCCCAUGGCAAUGAAGAAAUGGUGUCGUUUGCCUGGAAGGCAUUCGCCAACUGGCAGAGUCGCCGUGGUGGUGACAAGGACGAGAAGGCGGCCGACGAGGAGGAUGGCAAGAAGCACGAGAUGUAUCACUUCAUGAAGGGUUUCCGCGAGACCUUUUCACGACCUGUUGGCAGGAUCCGAUUCCUGGGCCUCUUCGACACAGUCAACUCUGUACCUCGGUUUGAGACGGCCUGGAUGCAGCGGAGCAAGUUUCCCUAUACGGCGCGCAGCAGCGCCAGAGUCAUCCGCCAUGCCGUCAGCAUCGACGAGCGACGAGCCAAGUUCCGGCAAGACCUGAUGUAUCAGCAGGGGAACAAGCGCCAUCGCAACCAGCACGGCCACUGGAAGAGGGAGUGGGACCACAUGAUGCGCCGCGGGCGAGAAGGCGGUUCCGUCGCGGACACAGACAGCGAAAGAGCGUAUCACGAUGACCGGGGCAGACGGCCCAGCCAGCAGACGACAGCAGCGGACAGACCCACGUCGGGAAAUCCGCAAAAUAGCAAGUAUAUGCCAUACCGAGCCAGGUCGAAAUCUGCGGCCCGAGGAGAUCGCCACGCCGGUGACGACCAAGACAUUGACGAGGUAUGGUUUGCCGGUGGCCAUGGUGAUGUUGGCGGUGGAUGGCAGACGGAAUCGGGCGACAAGAAUGCGAGCCAUGUGCCCCUGAUAUGGAUGGUGCGUGAAGCAAUGCGUGCUGGCCUGAGUUUCGACCUGGACAAGGUCCGAGAACUGGACUGCUACGACCUGUACAACGACAAUGGCAGUGCCAGUCCUGACACUAUCGCGGAUGACGAAGGUGAAAAAUCCAAGGACGGUUUCGUCGACAUGAUGCACCAGGCACAUCUCGCCCGCAUCCACGAUUCGCUUGAAUAUGGCGGCGGCCUCUCUCGGAUGGCUGUCACCGCGUGGAACAUGAUGGAGUGGAUGCCAUUCCGACGGAUGGACCUUCAGUCAGACGGGACCUGGAAGCCCAUCAACUGGCCGCUGCCGCGCGGCGAAGUGCGAGACAUUCCCAACAAUGUGCGCGUCCACGGCAGCGUCAUCCGGCGCAUGAAGAUGGACCCAACGUAUCGGCCCGGCAAUCUGAUUGUGGGCGGUGGCGGUCGAGGCAUCCGAGUUGCGCCAGAAGAGUACGGCAUAGGCGAGUGGGAGGUUGUCCAGGAGAAGGGCGACCCGAUUGGUGAGAUUUGGAUGCGCAAAGGCGAUCCCGUGAAGCUGGACAUAGAUAAGAAGAAGAAGAAAAAGGAGAGCAAGAAGGCGAAGAAGGAAAAGAAGAAGGAAAAGAAGGAGAAGGACAGCUGA